GCCCAGCUAGAGUAGUUUGGCAGCCGAUCGAGACUACACGCACGCACAACACACAGGCACGCGCGCUGCGAACGAAGAAGAUGGCAGCUCGACGCCUGUGCGCAGUGCUGCCGUUGAUCCUCGCCAUCUCCUUCCUCCUCUUCGGAGCUUCCGACUGCUCAAGACCAUCAUCCCCGGAGCAACGACAGCCGCGAGCUCCCACGGCCACGGCUCCUCCUGCUGUGGCCGCCGAGACUGGGACCCAACAACCCGUGGCCGUGGAGACGAAGGACGACGGGCCACCGUCGUCGUUGGCGACGGCAUCCCCGCGCGACAAGGAGCAGGGUGGCGGCGGCGUCGGGUCGGGGCACGGGAUCAGCAGCGCGCUGCUGGAGCCGCCGCCGCCGCCGGUGCUGCGGCGUUCCAACAAGUUAGCGCGGCGGUUCCUGAUGUCAGGGGUGGUGGAGGGCGCGGACUCGGCUGCCAGGGCAUCCUGCCGCUCCAGCGACGCGCACAUCGGCUGCGCGCCGCCGGCGGAGCACUGACGAUUAUAUUCUGCUUGGUCGACGACGUGGAUGCAUGCAAACGCAUGCAUGCGUGCGAAGUUAGCACCUACCUGCAUGCAGCCCUGUUUCCCCUUGUCCAGUUUCAUUCGUUCAUUGAUGACCCUCAAACCAGAACCCUUCUCUAUCAACAUUGUUGGGUAGUGAUGCCGACCGAUUCAAAUUUUUUUAUGAUCCUUAAAGUUGUGAUUCGAUCUCGUUAC